AUGUCUGUGAAGCCCAAAAGCAUCGAGAUCGCCAUCGACCGUGGUGGCACCUUUACUGAUGUUUGGGCCAAGAUUCCAGGGAGGCCAGACGUCGUUCUGAAGCUCCUCUCUGUGAACCCAGACACCUAUGACGAUGCGCCCUCCGAGGGGAUCCGCCGUGUUCUAGAAAUAGCGACGGGGGAGAGUCUAUCCCGAUCAAAGCUACUGCCCAAGGAACUCAUCUACUCGAUACGCAUGGGAACAACAGUAGCGACCAACGCGACCCUGCCCGCAGCGCUUCUGGAACGCAAAGGUACACGGCAUGCCUUUGUAGUAUCCGAAGGAUUCCGAGAUCUCUUGGACAUCGGCUACCAAACACGCCCGAGCUUGUUUGCUCUGGGGAUCCGCAAGCCAGAGCUGCUGUACGACCAAGUCUGCGAGAUAUCCGAGCGCGUCGUCUUCGAGGGCUUCGAGCAUGAUGCUCGAUUUGGUCUCGACGACGGAUCCGGAAAGUUGGUGCGCGCCGUCACUGGGGACCUUUUACGGAUCGUCAAGCCCCUGGAUGAAUCUGAGGUCCGCGAGAAGCUCUCUACCAUCCUGGAGAAUGGGAUCGAUACCCUGGCCAUUUGUCUCAAGCAUUCAUACCUCUACCCCGACCAUGAGCUCCGCAUCGCCAGCAUUGCUACGGAGAUGGGGUUUCAGCACGUAUCAGUCUCGUCAGUAGUUGGGCGAGGCAUGAUCAAAAUGAUACCCCGGGGUAGCUCCUCCACCGCCGACGCCUAUCUGACACCUAAAAUCAAGCAGUAUAUCGGCGGGUUCCUCAAGCGAUUUGAGAACAAUAACCUCGAAGGCGUCAUCUGUGAGUUUAUGCAGAGCGACGGCGGCCUUACCAGCUACGACAAGUUUACCGGUCUCGGCGGUAUCCUGAGUGGUCCAGCUGGUGGCGUUGUUGGAUAUGCGAGGACCUCGUACGACGGUAGCACUCCCCUGAUCGGCUUCGACAUGGGCGGAACCUCGACGGACGUCAGCCGCUAUGGCGGAACCUUUGAGCACGUCUUUGAAACCAAGACGGCAGGAGUGUCUAUCCAGAGUCCGCAACUGGACAUCAACACGGUCGCUGCUGGCGGCGGCAGUAUGCUCUUUUGGACAAACGGCCUCUUUAAAGUCGGGCCAGAAACUAUCUGGGUGUUGACACGAGCACAGAGCGCGGGGGCUCACCCUGGGCCGGCAGCGUACCGAAAGGGGGGACCUCUGACCGUGACGGACGCGAAUGUCUACCUGGGACGCAUUCUGCCGUCAUUCUUCCCAUCCAUCUUUGGCCCAGACGAAAACCUGCCACUGGAUACUGAGAUCGUGGCCAAGAAGUUUGAGGAGCUGGCGGCCGUGAUCAAUGCCGAGAGCGGCAGGUUCAUGACGGCCCACGAGAUCGCCCUGGGCUUCCUCGACGUGGCAAACGAGGCCAUGUGCCGGCCCAUCCGCGCCAUCACCGAGGCUCGCGGCUUCGAUACGGGCCAGCAUCACCUGGCCGUCUUUGGGGGGGCGGGCGGCCAACACGCCUGCGACAUCGCCUCCAAGCUCGGCAUCAAACGCGUCGUCAUCCACAAGUACUCGAGCAUCCUGUCCGCCUACGGCAUGGCUCUGGCCGAGGUGGUACAGGAAGCCCAGGAGCCGAGCAGCGAAGUACUCGGCGAUGAGUCGCUCCCGAAGUUGCAGGCAAGGAUCGAUGUCCUGAAGCAAAAGGCGCAAGAGGGGCUGGCGGCGCAGGGCAUCCCAGAGAAGGCCACGGCGUACGAGUCGUACCUCAACCUCAGAUACGACGGCACCAACACCAACUUUAUGAUUCAGCAAGUGCGGGAUGUUGAUUGGCGGACCACGCUCGAGGAAACACAUCUGAGGGAGCUUUCAUUCGCCUUUCCAUCGGACCACAGGGUGCUGGUCGACGACAUCCGGGUCCGAGCAAUCGGCACGAGCGAGACUGUCAAUGCAGACGCCACUGAGCUCCUCAAGCAGUUGGCCCAGGUCUCCUCCGACAAUGAAGCCCCCGCCCAGACGGAAAUGAGCCGUGUGUACUUUUCCCGGGACCCAGUCGACGCCCAAAUCAUCAACCUGGAGGAUAUCAAGCCCGGAACCGUCAUCCCUGGUCCAUGCACCAUCGUGGACAGCACACAGACCAUUGUAUUGAUACCGGGAUCCAUUGCAAAGGUCCUGUCCUCGCACAUUGUGAUUGAGAUGCCAGAAGUCACAGCCAAGAACCUCGACGGUGAUGGCAUUGACGUCGUCGACCCAGUCAAGCUGAGCGUCUUCUCGCAUCGAUUCAUGAGCAUAGCGGAACAGAUGGGCUUGACGCUCCAGAAGACGAGCAUCUCUCUCAACAUCAAGGAGCGGUUGGACUUUUCUUGUGCCAUCUUUGGUCCUGAGGGUGAUCUCGUUGCCAACGCGCCCCAUGUUCCCGUUCAUCUCGGCAGUAUGAGCUACGCCGUCAAAUACCAGCACCAGUUGCACAAGGGCAACCUGAGACCUGGAGAUGUCCUUGUGAGCAACCAUCCAACAGCGGGUGGCACGCAUUUGCCGGACAUUACCGUAAUCAGCCCCGUGUUUGAGACGGAUGGCAAGACUAUCUGCUUCUACACGGCCUCCAGAGGACAUCACACGGAUAUUGGCGGCCUCGACGGCACGUCCAUGCCACCCAACUCGGUUCACCUAUGGCAAGAGGGUGCCAUGAUUGAGUCCUUCUUCCUGGUGCGAGACGGUAAGUUUGAUGAGAAGGGCAUCGUCAAGCUACUCACUGAUCCUGGACAAUACCCCCGGGUGACUCCCUCCCGCAAACUGCCCGAGAACCUGUCGGAUCUCAAGGCCCAAAUCGCCGCCAACACAAAGGGCAGUCAGCUGAUCAUGGCACUCAUGGGCGAGUACGGCACGCCCACUGUCCACUUCUACAUGGACAAGAUACAGAAGAAUGCCGAGCUGGCCGUGAGGACGUUCCUCAAGGAGACGCGGGCGCGGCGCGGCGCGAAUCCGCUGCGGGCCACCGACGGUAUGGACAACGGGGCGACCAUGACGGUAGAGAUCACCAUUGACAGCGACGGGGGCGCCGUCUUUGACUUCACAGGCACCUCGCCGCAGAUGCACGGCAACAUGAACGCACCCCCCGCCAUCACGUACUCGGCCAUCAUCUACAUGCUACGCCUGCUGAUCGGCGCCGACAUCCCGCUCAACCAGGGAUGUCUGAGCGCCGUCGACGUCGUCAUCCCCGGGGGUACCUUCCUGAACCCGUCACCGGGGGCGGCGGUGGCCUGCGGCAACACGCACACGUCACAGCGCCUCGCCGACCUGCUGCUGCAGGCGUUCGAGGCCGCGUCGGGCUCCCAGGGGUGCAUGAACUGCUUCGCCUUCUUCGACCAGGCGGGCUACGAGCCCGACGGCACGCCCAUCCUCGGGUACGGGUACAAGUACGGCGAGACGAUCUGUGGCGGCGAGGGUGCCGGCCCGGGGUGGCACGGAGCUUCCGGCGUGCAGAUCCACAUGACGAACACGCGUACAACCGACGUCGAACUCCUUGAAAAGAGGCUCCCCAUCAUCAUCCGUGAGUUCUCCAUCCGCCGAGGCAGCGGCGGUAGAGGGCGGUGGAACGGCGGAGACGGCAUCGUGCGGGACUGGGAGUGCCGCGUGCCCCUGACAUUCUCCAUCAUCUCGGAGCGCCGGGUCAGGCGUCCCCACGGCAUGAGAGGGGGCGAGCCAGGUGCCGCGGGUCGCAACUUUUGGGCGCAGAAGACUGAGGACGGAGCGUACAAGUGGAUCCAGCUCCCGCCGCGCGGGUUGGUCGAGAUGGGUGCUGGGGACAGAUGCGUCGUGCACACGCCGAGCGGCGGAGGCUGGGGUGUUCCAGACGAGACUCCCGAGGAGGGCGGCGCGGCGGAGGAUCACGCAGACGUGGUGCGGAACCCUGCGCAGGAGCCUCGAGCGGCUGGGAGUUACCACAAUUUCCUAGCAGCCCAGGCGGAGGUAUCAUAA